GAAAGCGAGACGCUGGAAGAGACGCGCGGUCGGGGCAGAAAAAAAGAGAAAACCUAAGCGGGGUCUUUUGCCUGGCCUCUACCAGCCACUAGGGAGACUCUGAAGGCGGGAGGAAGCUGCCGGGCCCCUCCCGAAGCCACCUUCGCCGGCUUUGGGAAGCCCUCCCGAGACGAGAACAUGAAAGAGUUGCUGGAGUUUCCCGCCCUCUCCGCGUGGAUCUAAAUGAGACGGCUCGGGCGUUAAGUGCCGGUGGGCUGACGCGGGGCUCCCCAGAGGCCAGGCGGAAGGAAGCUCCGGGGGGGAAGGCAGGAUCCGAACACCGGAGAAGGAGGCGCGCUUUCCGACCGCCGGGUUCAACCAGUCAAAGCAAGGCAAGGCCCGGGCCGGCACGAUGGGGAGCAAGGCCCUGCCGGCGCCGAUCCCACUGCACCCUUCGCUGCAGCUGACCAACUAUUCCUUCUUGCAAGCCGUCAAUACGUUCCCGGCCGCCGUGGACCACCUGCAGGGCCUCUACGGCCUGAGCGCCGUCCACACCAUGCACAUGAACCACUGGACGCUGGGCUGUUACGCGGCCGCGGCCGCCGCUGCUACUGCCUCGAGCGGCGGCAGCGGCCCGGCCGACAUCAGCCGCUGCUCUGCGCUGAGCGAAAUGGCGGCGGCGCAAGGCCUGGUGGAGCGCUUCCCCUUCCCGGGCCUGCCUUUCGCCACGCACCUGUUCCACCCCAAGCAGGCCGCCGCCAUCGCGCACGUCUUGCCGGCGCUGCGCAAGGAGCGGCCUCGCUUUGACUUUGCCAACCUGGCGGCGGCCGCCACUCAAGAGGAUCCGCCUAAGGUGCACGCGGCGGCGGCCGCGCAAGCUCAAGGCGAGCUGGCCAAGCUGGGCGGGCCACUGUCGGCGGCGCUGGGCAAGCUGUCCCCCGAGAGCCGGAAGCCCGCGCGGGGCCGGCUGCCCUCCAAGACCAAGAAGGAGUUCAUCUGCAAGUUCUGCGGGCGACACUUCACCAAGUCCUACAACCUGCUCAUCCACGAGAGGACCCACACCGACGAGCGCCCUUACACCUGCGACAUCUGCCACAAGGCCUUCCGGAGGCAAGAUCACCUUCGCGACCACAGGUAUAUCCACUCAAAAGAAAAACCCUUCAAGUGCCAAGAGUGUGGGAAAGGAUUUUGCCAAUCCAGGACCCUAGCCGUUCAUAAAACUUUACAUAUGCAGGAAUCUCCACACAAAUGCCCCACAUGUGGAAGAACCUUUAAUCAAAGAAGUAACCUGAAAACUCACCUUCUCACCCAUACAGACAUCAAGCCCUACAACUGUGAGCAGUGCGGCAAAGUGUUCAGGCGCAACUGUGAUCUGCGGAGGCACAGUCUAACUCACACCCCGCGGCAAGACUUCUAGAACAGCCGAGAACCCCUCCCCCGGGGAGCUAAUUCUGGCUCAAGGACUUGAACUGUAGCGUAAUCUCUAUGUCCACAUGGGUGAUGUGGACAGGUGCAUCUAGGGGGGCUUGAUUCCAUGUCCCCCAGUGCCAGCCGGUCUUCUUUCUGUUGUGGUGGCGGGGCUGAUACCUGUUCCAAGCAUUCUCCCUCCACCGAGAGGGCCAGCUGGUUUCUUGUAUAUAGUAACAGAGCAGCUCAUUUUCGAGCUCUGCACAGCAAUAUGUUGGCUUUCUAUUGUCUUACCAAAAAUGCACAUUGGUACCAACAGCAAAACCUAGGAGUGAAAAUACUUUUUUUUUCAAAUUGUAUUUCCAAAUAAACACUUUC